AUAUUUAUGUCACACUGCGCAGUUAACAAGUGGACUAAGUGGAUUUUGCGGCUAUAAUUUGGAAAGACGUCACUUUCGCGGGGAAACAUCGGAGGAAGGAUUUCGCGCCAACAGAAUGAACUCCAUUAGGAGAAAAAGAUGUCAUCCAUUGCAGGAUGUCAAGUUGCAUAUCAGAUUAAAGUCUGAUAAGGCUGUGAUUGAAGAGCGUUAUAUUAAUGUUUAUAAAGGAAGAGGAGUGUUCAGCACGGUGGACAUUUGCAAAGGAGAUUUUGUAGUAGAAUAUAGGGGUGAACUGUUGUCGGAGAAAGAGAGUUUUGAACGAAAGAAUGGAUAUAGUGAGGCUAAAAGUGUUUUUCUCUAUGAUUUCCAAUGGAAAGGGAAGAACUGGUGACGCAUCUCAAGAGGACAAGUCUUUAGGGAGGCUUGUCAAUGAUGAGCACAGGAAUCCAAACUGUCGAAUGAAAGUAGUAGAUGUUGAAGGAAGUCCACAUCUUUGUCUCUUUGCUGUUAGAGACAUUUUGUCAGGAGAAGAGAUUAAUUAUAAUUAUGGAGAUUCAGAUUGGCCUUGGAGAAGACAGGUGGCUGUAUCAUCCCCACCAAAAGAGAAAAGUGUCCAGAAUGACAGCCAGAUACCCCAGUUGGAGUCUGGCUACAUAGAGGCAAUGGAUGACUCGCACGCCAAAAAAAAUAAGUCGCUAAUGGACAAACAAAUGACCCAGACUAGUGACAGUUUUGGUGAAGUUAUGACUGCGGAGAGAAAACGGAAGACCUCUGUGGCACGAUUACAGAAACUGAAAAGGCACCAUAACAAAUGUCUAGAACACUAUGUGAUGGAAGACAAUGAACGAAGGAGACUUGAAAAAGAACGGACCUUGCUAUUGUGUAAAGUUAGUCAGAUUAAUGAAAAGCUUGAAUCUGGAUCUGGAUUACCUUCUGCCUCUGAUGAAUUUGGUCACCUAUCAGCUGAUCAAGUGGAGAGUAACAGUAAAGGAAGCAUCUCUGAAACGAGUUCACAGAUUGAGGACUCUCCAACGAUGUCAAAAAAAAAAUCGACCCAAGAACCAUUGAUGACUCAUCUAGUUCUGGGGAAGAGGAACCUGACAAACAGAAUGAUGGUCUGUCUGUAGAUUAUAGAUCUUGUGAUGUACAGAAUUUGUCUGUUGACUCUACUCAGUCUCACAGUGAAGGUGUGGAUGUUGGUCGUGGUGGCGGCAAAGCAUCAUCCAAGCGAACAUGGAAUGUUGAGGAAGUAAAAGCUGUUGAGAGACAUAUGAUGAACUUUAUCAGAAUUUGUAGAGUUCCUGGAAAGAAAGAGUGUCUUCAGUGUCUCAAUGCAGAACCUGAAGUUCUUAAAAGCAGAACAUGGACUGGGGUUAAAUUCUACAUAAAAAAUAGAAUAACAGCAUUAAAGAGAAAAUGUAUGAUGUAAUUCAAAGAACAAAAGAGUUUAUGUUAAGGUUGAAAAAUAAUAAUACAGUCUUAUUUUUUUUAGAACAGUAGAGUUGAGAGCUAUACGAAGCUUCAUAUUUUCACUCAGCCCUCACGUCUUUAUAUUUCAAACAGCAGCUAUUUUUUAAAGUUUUAAAAAAAGUUAUGACUGUUUAUGAUUUUGAAAUGUAUAUUCUUAUGUCUUGUUUAAUGAAAGAUGCCAAUUUAUACCUGUGUGUAUAUAUGUAUACCUACAUAUGUACAUAUAGGAUGGAAAAAACAAUAAAUAAAAGUUCUUGUUAGUCACAAGUUUUUGUCCCUAUUUUUGCCCCAACAAAGCAGACCCUCUUCCCCCUCGACACCAAAUUACUCUUACACAUUCUACAGAAGUUCACUUGGCAGGAUUUCCCCCCCGCCCCCAUUGCAAAGGUUGGCUUUACAGCCGAUUAUGGUGUGAUUUUUUUUUUAAAUGUGUAUU